GUAUCAGUCAGCUUUUGUCCAGCAGCAACAAGAGCGGAGAAAGAGGUGGCCCUCCCCCAGGUUGCGACGGGACCAGAUCGCAUAAUGUUUACAUCCUCAUUCUCAUCACGACGAUGAGCAGCUUUUUCCAGUCGCUGGCAUACUUCUUCCGCCUCCCAUUCUCCCUCCAAUGGCGGACCGCCCUCGUACAGCUCCCACGCUACGUCCCCCUCUCGAUCCUCCAUAUCACGUCUCCUAAAGGCCCACAUCCAUUCAUCAUCGCCUUGCCCGGUCGCAAGGACAAUGCCAUACCCAUAUACGUUUUCGUUCCGCCUCGGCCGGUCGAUUCAGGCGCAGGAACAAAGGAUGACGGUGCCGAUACGACGAGCGAUGCUUCCGAGUGGAAGGUCCCGGUAGUGUUGGACUUUCAUGGAGGGGGCUUCAUCAUGGGAUCGCCAUUAGAGCAGGCACCAUAUGCAGCCAUGAUGUCAAGAGAGUUGGGCGCUGUGGUCAUCAGCGUGUCGUAUCGUAUUGGGCCGUUCAGUCAGUUCCCCGCUGCGAUCCACGACGCUGAGGACGUCCUUUCGGCUAUCUUAGAUGACCAAGGUGGCUCGAAGGCUGGGAGAGUGCUGAAAGAGGAGAUUCAAAGAUACUACUCCUUUAUGCGCGAAGAUGCAUUAAGGAAGAAGAGUGGACGCCAUGAUGACGAGCACCUGGACACUUUGACAACGAUCACACUGGAUCCAUCAAGAUUGGUCAUUUCUGGAUUCUCCGCAGGAGGAAACAUUGCAUUGAAUAUGGCAAUGUCAGUACCGCCGUGUGUUGGCCAAUUCUCGAUAGGCUCACCACGACGUCUUUCACUGGUAUCACCGCGGCGAUCCAUAGACAGGACAUGUGCGAAUCCAACACCAUUAAACAACCUCCCGACCGCGCCGCAAGAUACUUUCUCUCCAUGCCUCCCACCUAUACGCGAACCUACCAAGUUGGACGAUCCGGAGCAGCCAUGGCCUUCUCUUUUGCCGCCUGUUGAAGCCCAACCACGGUUGCUCCCAUUACUACUCUUCUAUCCGUCUCUCGAUGCGCGUCUCUUACCUCACGAGCGUCCCCUAAAGACACUUCCAAACGCCCUCAACCCGGAGGACAGAGGGGCGCAGAAGCCCAGAAUGCCCGGUCUAUUCAGCAUCAUGGGCCCUUCAUAUCUACCCAGAAGGCUCCGUGCUCACCCACGAGCGAGCCCAGGACUCGUGGAUCCAGAAAACAUUGCCAGGAAUGCAGCAAUCUUCUUGGUGCUCCCUGAAAAGGACACUCUCGCGGUCCAGAGCGAUAUCUGGGUAGAUUGGAUGAACGGGAGGGGUUGGAAGGGACCUGUGCGGUUUGGAGAUGGUAGAGAAGGAGAUUGGGAUGGACAUUUCAAAGCGAAACCGAGUCCGAAUGGGAGUGCAAGUGGAAGCACGACAGUGACCGAGAGCGAUGAGCAGAGCAAGCUUUCAAAUCAGGAUCCAGAGAAAGAGAACGGUGGGCUUGAGAUCUGGCACGCGCCCAAUUGCAGACACGGCUGGACACAGUUCCCCGUUCAGAUCCUCGGAAAGCACGAAAAGAAGGAGAGGGAGUUGGUCUUUGAUAGAACGCUCGACUUCGUGAAGGCGAACUGGAAGAAGAGCAUACCAGUCAAGGAGAGGGGUAACAGAAUUCAGAUUUUGCGCAAGCUCAGUAUACCCACUCCAUUCGGCCUCGAUUCUUAGAAGGCAGAGUAGAGGGAUUGCAUCACAACUGGCUUUGGGGUGAUAAUCAUGGGGAUGGCGCUGCCUCCCGCAGAAGCUCUGGUUACGAGUAUACAGAUUCAGGGGGGUUUCUUUUCACGUUUCGAAUUAUUACCAUACACCUUUCUAAUGCAACUUUUCAAUACAAUUAACUGUCAGA